GCGAUAUUACUCAUCGAUAAAAUAUGCAGUUGUGUAAAUACAUAUUGAAAAAGAAAUAAUUAAUAGUUACUAAAUCUUAGAAAGUUUAACAAAAGAAAAAAUUUAAAAAAAAAACAAAAAUUUAUUGAUAUAUGCCAUCUGGCGUGAAAAAUACAAAUUAUUCGCAUGUAAUAAGCGAAAUGAAUGUCCCAUAUUUCCACACAUUCAGAGUUCAUACCUUAAUUAGUUUAUAGCAUUGGAGUAAUCAAGUCGUCUAGCGUACAGGUACACAAACAUUUGAUAUUGCGCUAUUAAUUUUGUAGAUCUAAUUCAGAGACAAUAAAUUUUGCACAAGUUACAGCUAAAUCUAUCUCUAUCUUGCAGAUUAAUUUUUAAAAUGGAUCCACGACAGUGUCUCUUUUUAAUUGCAUUAACGUUGUUAUUAUUAACAACAUGCAGUAAUGGUGUCACGCGACCUAUUAAAAUUGGUGCAAUCUUUCACAAAGGUGAUGAGGAUCAUAUGUCGGCAUUUCUAAAAGCAAUCUCUGAGACAAAAUAUGAACACCUUGCACCUGCGUUCGAAUUCAUCCCUGUUACUAAAUACAUAGAUGCCGAUAGUUUUAAAACUGCAGCAGCUACCUGUGAGCUCCUCGAGGAAGGUGUGGCAGCUAUUUUCGGACCAUCAAGUCCAUAUACUCGCGGAAUAGUGGCGAGUAUUACUUCGCGGUAUGACAUACCGCAUAUCGAAUACGUUUGGCGCGAAAACAAGGGAUCAAGAGCGGAAGCAGAGGAAGAUAUUAACCCGUCAAUGACUAUAAAUGUUUUCCCGGACAGCGAGAUGGUCAGUCAGGCUAUCGCCGACGUUGUUGACUCGAUGAAAUGGCAAGGCUUCGUGGCGAUUUACGAAAACGAUGAUGGACUUUCACGCAUUCAAAAGGCUUUGACGAUAAAACGGAAAAAGGAUAAUCCCAUUACAAUUCGGCAACUGGGCAAUGAAGAAGAUUAUCGCCCGAUACUUAAAGAGAUACGCUCUUUAUCUAUAUGCAAUAUAAUCAUCGAUGUCGAGCCGAAACAUAUUGUUCGCGUUCUCAAUGAUUCCAAAGAAGUCAAACUGCUUGCGGAUUACUGCAAUUUUGUUAUAACAUAUCUGGAUUCAUCCAAACUACCUAUCUCUGAAAUACGAAAUGGCACCACUGCUAAUAUUACUGGAUUGAGCUUAAGGCAAAAUGAUGUAGAAGGAGUUAACUCGAUAGAGUCGGCAGUUCUCUAUGAUGCAGUAUUUUUGCUAAACAAAGCAAUGGAGACCCUAAAUACGAGGAACAUUGAUAUCGAGGAAUCUAUAACGAUUGAUCCUGUAUCACUCUCUUGUGAAGAAACUGUAAAGUAUCAAGCGGGACCCAAUAUUACGAGCGUUAUGCGAGAGUUGUCGAAAAUGGGGAAGAUAACAGGCUCCAUGAAUAUUGAUGAAUAUGGUCAUCGACGAGAAUUCAAUAUUCAAAUACUGGAUUUUCGUCCGAAUAUAGUUCAAACAGCUUUCUGGGACAUUAAUGGUCUACAUCUUAUACGUAAUGAAGAAGAACUCGAAAGCUAUUUGUAUAAAUCAAUUCAAGAAAAAACAUUUGCAAUUAGCAUCAAAGUAGGUGAGCCUUAUGUAAUGGAAGUUCCCGAGGGCAUCACCAGAGGAGUUUUAAUCGGGAAUAAACGCUACGAAGGUUACUGCAUCGAUUUGAUCGAUUACAUUGCACAAAGACUACAAUUCAAAUUCAAUUAUCAAGUUAUAGACGGUCCGCAAGGUAGCUACGACCCAAAGACAAAAAGUUGGAACGGCCUAAUCAAGCGCCUUCUAGAUCGUGAAGCCGAUUUAGCGAUCUGUGAUUUAACGAUAACUUAUGCUCGGGAAUCCGUUGUCGACUUCACGAUGCCAUUCAUGACUCUUGGUAUAAGUAUUUUAUUUAGUAAGCCAGAAGAGAAGAAACCAGACUUAUUUUCGUUUUUGAGUCCAUUAAGUACUGACGUUUGGAUUUAUAUGGCGACCGCUUAUCUCGCCAUAUCCAUAAUGUUAUUUCUUCAAGCACGAAUGUCGCCAGGUGAAUGGGAUAACCCGCAUCCAUGCAAUUCUGAUCCUGAAGAAUUAGAGAAUAGUUUCGAUAUGAAGAACUCGUUCUGGCUAACCAUUGGUUCACUUAUGCAACAAGGCUGCGAUAUACUUCCAAAAGCUCCGUCGAUUCGCAUGCUCGCGAGUAUGUGGUGGUUCUUUACCCUAAUCAUGAUCUCAUCAUAUACAGCUAAUCUAGCAGCUUUUCUUACGGUUGACAAGAUGGAUACACCAAUUAAAGGAGUCGAAGAUUUGGCCAAACAAACAAAAAUCAAGUAUGGUGCUGUCGCAGGUGGUGCGACAGUAGCAUUUUUCAGAGACUCAAAUUACUCAACAUAUAAACGCAUGUAUGUAGCAAUGAGCGAAGCGAGACCAAGCGUGUUUGUCAAUGGCACCAGGGAAGGUGUGGAUCGUGUCUUGAAAGGCAAACGACAGUACGCCUAUCUUAUAGAGAGCACAACACUUGAAUACGAAAUGGAACGAAACUGCGAAAUCGAGAAGAUAGGAGGACUCAUAGACAAUAAAGGUUACGGAAUAGCUUUACCGCGUAAUUCUCCGUACAGAACGCCGAUUAACCGUGCGAUCUUAUGGCUCGGUGAAAGAGGAAUUUUGCAAGACUUAAAAAAGAAAUGGUGGGUGGAGAGAGGCGGUGGAAAGUGUAAAAAAGUUGACUCAGAAAGUGUUAAUACAUCCGAAUUAGGAUUAGCAAACGUCGGUGGCGUAUUUCUCGUUUUGAUGAUUGGUUGCUGUUGCGCAUUGUUAAUCGGAAUUUUUGAAUUUCUUUGGAAUAUACGAGAUGUUGCUGUGAAAGAAAAGAUCACACCGAAAGAAGCAUUAAUAGCAGAGCUAAAGUUCGCGGUGAAUAUUUGGGCAGAGACGAAACCUGUUAAAAUUGGUAAGAGCAGCAGCGGCGCAAGUUCUACCGAAGGUGGAAUCGGUAGAGCUGCAUCUACAGCUCGUUCUAUCGUUGGUUCCUUUUUACGUCUUGACAUGCUCGAUAAAUUCGAUAACACAAAUAAUCGGAGCAAUGAUCGUAAGAUUAAUUAAUUGCGCUGUAAGGCUAACUAAAAUAAAAUUGAAAAUUAUCGCAUUUUCAGAAUUCUAUACAAGGGAAUAAUUAUAAUAUAGAAUUGUAAAAAUAAUAAAGAUGUGUACACUGAGAAAAAUAUACUGUUGAAUCAACAACA